UUGCAGAAUUCUCUGCUUGAAAAGCAAAUUCAAGAACUAAACUAUCAACUAGAAGACGAUCAACGUUCUUAUGAAGCAGCUCUGAACGAUCGUGACGCACAGAUUAGAAAAAUGCGUGAAGAAUGCCAAGCACUGAUGGUCGAACUGCAAAUGUUACUUGAUACUAAACAGACGUUAGAUGCUGAAAUCGCAAUUUAUCGUAAGAUGCUAGAAGGAGAAGAGAAUCGCGCGGGAUUACGUCAACUUGUAGAGCAAGUCGUGCGUACUCAUGAGUUAACUCAACGUGAGGAUACUGAAACCAUGCGAGUAAUGAAAGGUGAGGCUGCUUCUCGAACUUCAUUCCAGCGAUCUGCCAAAGGAAAUGUUUCUAUACAGGAAACAUCAGCGGAUGGCAUUUAUAUAACAAUUCAAAAUACGCACCGAGCAAAAGAAGAACCUAUUGGUGAAUGGAAACUGAAGAGAAAAAUUGAUGGGAAAAAAGAAAUUGUUUACACGUUUCCACGUGAUUUUGUCUUGAAACCGGGCAAAAGUGUCAAGAUUGUUGCGAGAGGUCACGGGAUUUCCUCGCCACCAGAACAGCUCGUUUUUGAGGGAGAAGACACAUUUGGGUCUGGCACAAAUGUUCAUACCAUUCUCUACAGCCGUGAUGGCGAAGAACGAGCAACUCAUAUACAACGUUCAAGCCAAGCAUAA